AUGCAAUACUCCAAACUCGCUGUUUUAUCUGCUGCUGCUGGUACCGCUUUGGCUGGCUACUCCAAUUCCACCGCACCACCAACUUCAACUGAAACUGAAAUUUCAACCACUGUCAUCACCAUCACUUCAUGUGAAGAAGACAAAUGUACUGAAGUUCCAGUUACUACUGGUGUCACCACUGUCACUGAAGUUGAGACCACUUACACAACCUGGUGCCCAUUGCCAACCACCGAAAAGCCAACCGAACACCCAACUGGUGAAAAGCCAACUGAAACUGAAACCGAAAUCUCAACCACUGUCGUUACUAUUACUUCAUGUGAAGAGGACAAGUGUACUGAAGUGCCAGUCACUACUGGUGUAACCACUGUUACAGAUGUUGAAACUACUUACACUACUUACUGCCCAUUGCCAGAAAAACCAACUGGUGAAAAGCCAACUGAGCAACCAACCGGUGAAAAGCCAACUGAACAACCAACUGGUGAAAAGCCAACUGAACAACCAACUGGUGAAAAGCCAACUGAACAACCAACUGGUGAAAAGCCAACUGAACAACCAACUGGUGAAAAGCCAACUGAACAACCAACCACCGAACAACCAACUGCUCAACCAACCGGUGAACAACCAACCACUCAAACCACCGUUGCCGGACAAUCAACCACCCCAGCUGAAGAAUCACCAGCUCCAACUGUUUCAGAAAUUUCUGAAGCUGCCGGUGCCGCCAAGUCUGUUCCAGUCGUUGUAGGAUUAUUGGCUUUGGGUGCUGCUUUGAUCUAA